AUGUUCAAAUGUUCACUUACACUCGAGAAUCCUUCUCACCUGUGGCAGUCUCUAAGAGAACUACAGGCUGAAGCCAUUCAUUUGGAAGCAAUCUUCAAAUGGGCUAUAGACCCCCCUACGAAGCCCACCAAGCCCACCAACACCAGCAACAACAAGAUCCCCAAAACUACCAAAAUGCUCAACAGGAGAGACCGAAUAUACAAGAUUAUCAGAGGCAACAAGCCCCAAAUCCUCCCAACCUACAUGAGCAGGAUAGAAGACCUCAGCACCGGAAUGAAGAACACCAUGGUCAUCAAAAUGAAGAAGAGAAUGGUCAGAUUCAACAAGACCAUCAAGACCAUCAACAACAACAAGAAGAAAGAGUCAGAGUGUAGAGACAACAAAAUCGACAAGAAGAGCGCCAGAACGCACCAAGACCACACCCUGGUGGUUUUCGUGCUCUCCAAAACCAACAACAAAGACAGGAUAUCCACCGGGAGAAUCAUCGUACACAAAGAGAUAGAUCGCCGUCUCCCAAUCAACAGGCCCCACAACGCCCAAUGCGCCAAAGGACUCCAGAUCUAUCUACACGAGGUCAAAGCACUACAACCCCCUUCCCACCAACUCCAAGCAGACGGCCGGCCAGAACCGGUGAUGCCGCUGUAG